AAGGCGUGGGUUCAAAUCCCACUUCUGACAUUAUUUUCCCCUUUUUCCCUUAAGUUUUUAUUGCUCGCUAAAACGGUGCGUUUUGAACAAAAACGCUGCGUAUCGAUCGAUAAUAGAAACGGGACGUUUGAAACAAAUGCUGCGUUUCGAUGUCGUUUUACCUUUAUCUUCUUAAAACAAAGCUUAACCGCAUUGGAAAUUUGGAACCCAGUGGAAGAAACCCUAAAACAGAGCAGACCACACUUCACAGCCACUGAACCGAGUCGACUCGGCCGCUAUGGACGGGUCGUCGGUAGCGCUCGUCGAAGAAGCGAAGGCUACAGAGAGAGCGGAGAAAACACCAGGAGAACUUGUCGCCAAGGCCAUCGUUCCUGUGAAGAGAGAGUUCCUUCGUCCUCCGCCUCUCAGGCCUUGUAACGACGUUGCUUCGGACUCCAAGUACACUCCUUCAACCUUCGUUAAGGAGAAGAAAUCCAAACGCCAGCUCAAACGAGAACGCCGCCAGGAGCAAAAAUCAGCCCUAAAUAUCUGUUCCGAGAUUGCUAAGACAGGCAAUGUUAAUGCAUGUCCUUAUAAUGAAAAGUGCCGCUUCAGCCAUGACUUGGAAGCCUACAAGGCUCAGAAACCAGAUGAUUUAGAGGGAAGCUGUCCCUUCACAAGUGCUGAAGGAGCAUGCCCUUAUGGUUUGGCUUGUAGAUUUUCUGGUACCCAUAAAGAUGGUGUUGCUGCUGGAAAUUUGAAUCUUCAUAAGAAAAACUCUGAAAUUAAUGGACUGAACAAAGAUGUUCAGAAGCUUUUGUGGAAAAACAAGAUAAGGUUCCCCAAGGCAGAUGCUAAACUCAAACUUCUUGGUCUUCUGGGGAAGGCCAAUUCAAAAAUUAAAACAUUCGAAGAUAAAGGGGAAGGUGAUCUGAAAGUUUCAAAUGGUACUCAUGCUACUAAUGAUAAUAGUUGUGGUGAAUUGGUCAUUGACUCAGAUAAUAAAGUAGAGGGCUCUCCAAAAAUGCCAGAAGAGGAUGAUGUUGAGGGAUUUGCAACUGAUGAACCUAGACCCACGAAGAAAAUAAAAUCUGCAACUAAUGAGGAGUGUUGCACUGGAAAUGCAGAUAAUGGUGCAUCUGUCCAGGAGAAAGAUUUAGGGAAAAGCUGUGCCCAAAUUGAACCAGAGUCAGCAACUGAUAAUAUUUUUUCUGAAAGUGAUGGUAGUCUAAAAUUGCACCCACGUGAGAAGAAGCUUAUUGAUUUUAGAGAAAAGUUGUAUCUUGCACCUCUAACCACUGUUGGGAAUCUUCCUUUCCGAAGGGUUUGCAAGAUGUUGGGAGCGGAUGUAACAUGUGGGGAAAUGGCAAUGUGCACAAAUCUCUUGCAGGGUCAAGCUUCAGAAUGGGCACUGCUGAGGCGACAUUCAGCAGAGGAUUUGUUUGGCGUACAGAUAUGUGGGGCAUAUCCUGAUACUGUGGCACGUACUGUUGAACUCAUAGACCAGGAGUGUGAAGUGGACUUCAUUGAUAUAAACAUGGGCUGCCCAAUAGAUAUUGUCGUUAACAAGGGUGCUGGGUCAGCUCUUCUUACAAAGCCAAUGCGAAUGAAAAACAUUAUAGAAGCAGCUUCUGGCAUAGUGGACAAACCUAUAACUGUCAAGGUGCGAACAGGUUUUUUAGAAGGGCGAAAUCGAGUUGAUUCAUUAAUUGCAGAUAUUGGCCAAUGGGGAGCCAAUGUGGUAACCAUACAUGGUCGUUCACGUCAGCAACGCUAUAGCAAGCUUGCUGAUUGGGAGUACAUAUAUCAGUGUGCGAGAAAAGCCCCUGAAGCUCUGCAAGUCCUGGGAAAUGGGGACAUCUUUUCAUAUUUAGACUGGAACAAGCACAAGUCAGGCUGUCCUGAGCUUUCUACAUGCAUGAUUGCUCGAGGGGCUUUAGUUAAGCCUUGGAUAUUUACCGAAAUCAAGGAACAGAGACACUGGGAUAUCAGUUCUGGGGAAAGGUUAAAUAUUUUGAAGGAUUAUGUUCGGUGUGGCCUUGAACAUUGGGGUUCUGACACAAAAGGAGUUGAGACGACGAGGCAUUUCAUGCUGGAAUGGCUUAGCUACACAUACAGAUACGUCCCUGUUGGUCUGUUAGAUGUUAUCCCACAACAGCUGAACUGGCGGCCACCCUCCUACUUUGGCCGCGAUGACCUUGAGACUCUAAUGGCCUCUGAUUCUGCAGCUGACUGGGUAUGCAAUUGCCUCUUAUUCUGGCUGAUCAACAAUAUAGUUAACCUCCCUAACAGAACUCUCGCAAUUGACCAACCUUAUUUUUCACUCGUCAUAAUUCUUCUGCAGAUUCGAAUCUCUGAGAUGUUGCUUGGCAAGGUUCCUCCAGGCUUCACAUUUGCACCAAAGCACAAAUCCAAUGCUUAUGACAGAGCAGAAAACGGUUAAUCAUCAACAGUUUUGAACGUUGCUGGGGCGAUGACAACGAUAACAAUGGCUUCAACUGCAAAAAAAACUUUUUUCUGAACCUUUUCCCUCACUUUAAUCCAACGGGUUUUGCUGGAACCAGGCAAUGACACACUCCCUCAAAGAUGUUGAUGAAGAAAAAAAUCCAGCGGGCAUCGGGUUGAUGUGUUUUUAAACUGUACCAUCAACUCAGUGGAGGCAGGUUGUGAACUUGCCUUCCAACCCCAGAAUUUUACUAUCUAUUUUCCAAUUUUAGAAAAUACCAACAAUUUCUUUUAUGAUAAUGUAUCACUGAAAAUUUCAGUCGAGAAUUUUUUGCUGCUUCAUCCUAGGAAUUUGAAUUUUUAAUAAAUUUAUGAAAAUAAUUUAUUUUAUUAGAGAA